AUGGUUGUGAAAAAAAUCAACGAGGAAGUUAAUGAUUCAGAUGAAAUCGUGGAUGAAAAACCAAUGCAGACUGGAAUUCGAGGAUCAACUAGAAUUGGAAAGAAGGGUCCUUGCCGGAUUCCGACAUUCGGCUCGAGGAUACCCCAGAUCCAGCCCCUGCCGGGCGCCGCUGUCAGCAGCGAAAUAACCACCAAGCAUCUAGGCAGGCGCGUGCGCGCAGGCGAAAAGGAAGGCAUCCUCCGCUUCGUCGGUAACGUAAACUUCGCGAAAGGUUCGUGGUGCGGCAUCGAACUAAACGCCCCGAUCGGUAAAAACGAUGGCAGCGUCAAUGGAGUUCGCUACUUCGCCUGUUCGAACCGCCGCGGGUUGAUGGCGCCACUGUCCAAAGUCGCGCUAGUCGACGGUAGCUGCGAUAGCUUGAGCGACAACAGCUCAGGACCGUACUCCAUGCUCUUCAUCCAACCCAAGGUUGGCAAGACUGAAUACGCGCUCGCUAGGGCUGCCAGCCAGGAGGCGUUGUCUAACGAAACUUUCUGCAAGAGGGCGGCGGAAGCCACCUUCGCGAUAGCCAGAGAUAGGACCUUCGACUCGAAGGGGAACACCAACAACACCGUCGUGGUGAACAAGGACUUCGGCAAUCAGACCGUCAUCAAAUCCAGAGCUGAAGAUAACAGAUCUAAAUUCUCGGAGGCCAGUAAAAAGCGAACAAACCAAACAUUCGAUAUCCCCAACCCGGCUGACACAACCAUAACUAAGGAAGAUGAACAAAGCGGCAUCGCUGUCGACCUGACGUUUUCGCCCAUCAAAGGCUCCUGCGAGAAUCUUUGCAGCGGGGAGGUGAAAAGGCGAAAAACCUCCAGCUCGGCUACCGAAACCGCCCCAAGUAAACCUUCCUCGUUACCGCAGCUACAGAGCGUCCUGGCCGCAACCCCUUUGGAGCUCAAGAAGUUCACGUUUUCCACUCCCGUGCAGUCCGAGUUCAAGGAGCCGUUCAUAGUGAAGCAGCGCAUAAUCGACAUACAAGCGAACGAUGAGAGUAGUAAGCGCGACUCGCUCGAGUUUGACGAAUCGCUUGGGAUCCUUACACCUGAUCAGAUGAUGAACAGCAUCCAGUUUCUAGGAACUCAGACACGAUCGCCCAGUCUAGAGUACGACGUGAACCUAUCCGAUUGCUUCAAAAACGCUGUGAAGUCGGAGUUAUCAAGCCCUAGAGUGGAAAGUUUAGAACUGGACGAGGAGCGAGUCAAAAUCGAACCUAAAGUGGAAGCCGUAAUUGAAGAGGAAGUGUCCAACCCAUUGAAUAAAACGGGCGAGUUCACUCCACCGAAUCUGGGUUUCAAAACUCCUGGCAUAGACAACUUUCCAGUCAAAGAGCUGAAGGACGAGGUGCUAAGCCCAAUCCUCACCGACUACAGCCUGGGCAUCAUAGACGAGCAGAUCUUCUCGAACCGAACGGACACAACUAUGAACAUGGAGCUUCCUCUGGACUCUGUGGGGCGAACGGUACUUACUCGCUUGGAUCAAACUCCCUCUCCAGAGGAAUUACCCCUGGAUCCCAUGCCGGCGGUUGAAAGCGAGCCUAAAACGGAACCGAGCAAGUCGAAGACAUCCAACAGCUUCGUAACGAGCAUUACUAGUAUCACCAGUUUGGAUACCGGGUAUCAGGGCGAUGGUGAGAUGUCCAGGCCGGCCAGUAGGUGCGCUGAUAACUCUCCUCUGACCAGGAGGCCUCUGCCGAGGCCGCAAGCUCGGAGGCCUGAUCCUAUGACGGAUUCAGACUUCUACACAGAGAGUGACGCUGAUAACCACGAGGAGAAUCACUUGAAGGGAGACCGACGCGCGCAGGUUAUUGAUGGGACCCUAUACGGAGUUGAUCCGCAAGCAGCUGCUGAUAUCUACAUGAACAACAGGGAGAAUAUGGAUUCUAGCGGGAUAUUCACAGACAUAGAGAGCAACCUCAGGAACGAGGAGGCUUUGGAGGCUCCUGAUGCCUCUCCCUCAGACACGAGCACGAAGACUAUCUCGGAGAACAGCCAGGACAACCUGCAAGAGGUCCUGGACAAGACCAUCGAGAACAAGGAGCUGGACAAGGCGAAGGAGAAUCCGAAGAAGCGUAACGCUCCUAGCUCUGGAAUACUGAGCCCUUCGAGUUUAUCCUCCCCCAGACAUCUGAAGGAAGAGAACGUCGCGAAGAAGUACAAAAUGCCGAAGAGGGACGUGGCUUCCAAAGUGAAAGCUAUGCUCGAGCCCAGUAGAGUCCCGACUACCGACAAGAAGCCCAGUAAGAAGCCUGCUGGCAGGUGGGAUGCUGUUAUGAAUAAGAUAAGCAAAAGCGAUCAAAGUAAGGCGAAUUUGAAAGAAGUCAAGUCGAAAGUAUUUAGUGAAGUGAACGUGAACACGGGUGUUGGACAGAGACAGGAUACUUCCAGGAAGCCUAUCAACAGAAGCAUCGGAAGUCAGAAGAGUCCAAAUAAUAAGAUCUGCACCACUCCAGUAAAAAGGCCUGGUUCUGCUCAGAGUUUGCCAUCAUCUGAGAAACGGAGAAUUCGUAACCGUCCCAACGGUGGAAGUACCCCAAAAAGCGUUGGAACACGAAAUAUGGAAAGCAGCAUUCACAGCUCGUUGAGUGAUUUAAGUGCUGCAACUUUACCACCUUCCAAUAAAACACCGGGUUCUGCAAAAAAACGUGCAGAUGUGGUUCAAGUAACACAAGUGUUGACUGCCAAUAAACUAUCUCCAAGAAAUCGGCAACAACACCAAACGGCUGCCGAAAAUAAGAAAAAUGCUACACUCCACGCAUCGCCGUCAUCCGAACCGAAAGUCAGAAGAACAAUCUUCUCGCCGAAAGAGAAAAAGCAAACGACCACCGUCAAAGAGUGCGGUAGAGGUACAGUGAAGGGGGGUCGUACGUCACCCUCCGUCCGACCCCCUGCGCAAACCAGGGUAUCCGUCAAACAACCCCCAGUAGCCGAGGCACUUGCCGUCCUUGUUCAACACCUCGUAUUCAACUUGAACGCCUUUGAGGUUCCCGGCCUCAGGCGACAAAUAGAGACAUACCGUUCAACUAUCGAAAAAGUACGAUUGUCUCACCGACAGCUAGAAGAGAAGCUGAUGCAAGAAAAAAUCCAACAGACGGUAGCCAUCGAAGAAGAGCGAGCGAGGUGGCAGAAAGACAUCACCGAGUUGAUCGAAAAACACGACAAUCGAAUUGCCGAACUAAACAAGGAAUACGUCUCCUUAGAACAACGUUUGCACGCUGAAAAAAACAACGCCCACCAGAACCUGUGCAAAGAGCACGAGGAACAACUGACCACCUUCAGAAGGGAGUUUGAAAAGCUACAAAGUACCCAUGAAGAAUCCUUGGAAAUCCUGCGUGAGGAGAACGAGGCGAUACGGGAACAGAUCGACGAGAAGAGAAUACAGAUCGCCAAGGUCAAUGAGGAGAGUAGGAAGCUCAAAGAGGACUACGAGAGUAGGGAGAUUGCUCUUAAAGAGCACAAUCACAAGCUGGUCAACAAAUUGAAGGGAGAGUUCGAGGACCGGUUGAAGUGUUUGGUUGAUGAGAAUAACAGGUUGAGGGAGGAAAACGAUAGGCUGCUGGGCUACGGAGAUGACAGAGGAAUUGGGGUGCAGGAAGUUCAGUCAUUGAGGGCGGUCUUGGAAUUGAAACAAAACGAGGUGGCGGAACUUCGAAAACUGCUGGCAGAAGAAACACAUAAAGCCGAAAUUCUAGCAGGAGCAGAUGAAAGAGCGAGGAUUUUGAAAUCAAGAUGUGAAGAUUUAAACCUACAACUGCAAAGAAAAGCGGAAUUUGAAAAAACACUGUUACAAGAAAACCAGAGGCUACAAGAAAACUUCAAAGAAGAAACCAACCAGAAGAGACGUCUCUCGCAGCACAAUGAAGAGCUCCAAUGGAAGCUAAAACAGAACAAGGAAGUGAUCAACAAAGUUUUAGAGCAAGCCGAAGAGUCUGCCUUCAACCGGUCAUUGCUCAGUUCGAGUUUCAACGAGAGACACUUCACGAAGCCGUUUCUGGAGCGGUCCUUUUCACACAGAGAACGAACCCCUUCGAACAGAUCCAAUGCUAGUUUGGAGGAGUCAAUCAGGUCGAGGAAGUCGAAGACAUCGCAAGAGCUCGACUUGGAUGAUCUGUCGCCGCCAACGUCUCCUAAAGUCAAAGGUGUUGUAGAAAAAUCCGAUUCGGUCAGUUACGUUUUGGAAAUGGAAGAGAGUCCUGAAGUGGUGGCGAACAGAAUCGUUAGGAGAAGCUUCAGGAACACUACACCUCCAAAGAACACCCCGACGAAAUCCCAUUCUAAACGCCCUCGCAGCAGAAACCCGCUGAGCCAGAGCGCAUCCUCUAGCGCCAUUAUCUCGAACAAUAGAAACGACUACGACAGGCCGCGAUCGGCCGCCUCCCGAAACGGCGACUACGACAACGACAACGUCUUCCCAUGGUCGAGCUCUCCCAAGUACGACGAACACCAGGACGAGAGCUACGAGUCCUCCAACUCGAGCAUGAAGCUCGAAGACGAACACCUGGACUUAGAUGAGGACAACGAGGUGGACAUCGAGUUGCCGGCGCUGCCCAGCGAGCUGAACCGGAGAAACGGGGGGGCGCGGGCGUUGCCCAGUCCCAAACAUCUAGCCGGGGAGGCGAUGGUGUCAGAGAGCAACUCCGAAGACGAGAGCACAAGCUCUUCCCAGUUGUGAGACGAACUGUAUUUUUAAAUGAGUCCCUAGGCGGGAGGUGGUUUUUGGGGGAUAUCUGGGUUGGGGAACGGGUAUCAGGGCUGUUUUUCAGCCCGGUAUGAGUUUUUUUGGAAUCUUAUUGGGUAGAGAGGUUUUUGAAUCUUGUACAUACGAGUCGUAGCAGAAGAAAGUUUUCCCAUUUAUACCAUUCAAUAAAAUUUUCUGUGAAUGAAAUCCUCAACAUGGACGUUUCAGUUUCUCUACGUUGGAAAAUCGUGUUUUAAAAUUGAGUGAUUUUUCGAGUAGAUCAAAGAGCUUUUCCUCAGUAGUAGGUUUUGUCACAUUUCAUAAAAUAUAUAUUCGAAACAUUCCAGGCAUCCUGAUAAAAAAAGAACUGCAAAAACAUGAAACAUAAAACCCACAAUACUCCAACUUACUGUCGGACACAGUCCUCAGUUCUACAAAACACCAACAACCAAUAAGACCCUGACUCGCAGUUCUCAAUUAUCAAACUCACAAAAUCCUUACUGAUAAUUGUCAAACCAAAAAACUCGCACAUACAUACACACAGUUCUCUAUCUAAUAAUCCUUAACAAUAAGCCACAAUAACCUUCCCAUAUUCCCAACUCCUAAACUUACAAAUUUCAAGCCCACAAACUAAAUAAAUCCUUACUCACAUUUCACAUAAUUGAAGCCCAUAAUACCUUCGGUAAUAAUGUGUUAAACCAGAAAAUCCAGAUCCUCAAUAAUACCCUUCACAAAUUAACCAACCUUAAAACACAUUAUUCACAAUACCCUAACUAACAGUCUUCAAACACAUAAUCUAAAAACCUCAAAUUGAGUAAACUUCAACCCAAAAUAUCCCAAAAACAAAAUUGCCAAACCUACCAUACCCUAACUCAUAGUCCCAUAAUAAUCUCAACCCCAAACCUACAAUCCAAGAAGUUGUAAAAGCCCAUCAAAUUCAGCAAACUUCAACCCAAAAUACCCCAAAAACAAAAUUGCCAAACCUACCAUAUCCUAACUCAGUCCCAAACCUACAAUCCAAGAAGUUGUAAAAACCCAGACUUAGAAUUAUGUUGUUGUGAGAGGUUUUCAGGUGGAAAAUAUAAAAGAGUUUUGAAAUGUUCCUACAAGGUAAUGGAUUUUUAGUUUGAUUAGAGCAAUUAAUUAGGAAGUAAUUAAAGAACGUUUCAUUACUAGGUAAUAGAGUUGAAAAAUCGUAUUCCUCUCACUACUACCGAUAUAUACCAAGUGGAAAAAAUAUUCUACCUGAUAUAAUUCUCGAAAAAAUCACUUUCGUGGGAGCUCGUGACUUGACUUUCAGCCUUUUUUUUGUUCCUUGGAAGGGCAUUCGUUUCUUAAUUUUUUUUGGGAUCUGUGAGCGUUUGAUCAACGUGUAAUUCUUUAGUUAAUCUAAAUCUCCGGUCACUAGCAUCCCAAGUUUGGUUACAAAAAAUCAUUCUUUCUACUUCUACCUUCGAUAUCGAACGAAAACCACUUCAACCCAGGACUCUUGUGGAUAUGUAUAAAUUGGUAAUUCAUAAAGUUUUAUUUAGAUAACCGACAAUUUUUUUUAGAUGUUUACUUUUUCACGUUUUUAUAAUGAUAAGGUAGUGUUACUCGAACUUUUGGUGAAUGUUUUGCUACAGAGUUUCGCCUGCAUUUUGAGUAAAUGGACUUUUUUUGAAUUUUGUUGCUUCUACGAUGGUCACGCUUGUUGGUACAGAAUGUUUUGUUUGACAGAGAAGGCCAAAAAUAAUAAGAUGUCCCUGUGGGAUUAGUUUUUGUGUAGUGUAUUUAUAUGGAGGAUACAUUUUUGCAGGUUAUCUUCUAUACAAGAAUCGUACAUUACAACUGCCAAAGUAUUUCUUGUUUGUGGCUUUUCAAAUCAAGUCACUUGAAGCUAUUAUUCUAGUCUUUAGACUGUUCACCGAAUAGAUGGAGUUGCAGAAGAGCACGAUCUACGUCAGAUUUUCCAUGUUUCAGUUUCACAGAAAUCUCAACUCUAAUUUUGUAAACAUGCAUAUACAUGGUCACUCUAUCUGUUCGGCAAACGGACUAUAAUAAUAUUAAAUUGCAUGGAGAAGAUUUCCACUGGUUCACAGAAUGUCAUAUAUUUCUUUCGUCAUUAUUGGAACUGAUAUAAAAGGAAAAUUUCACUUUACGAUGAUUUCUAAAGUUUCAACUUCCAAAUACUGCUCAGCUUGCUUGAGCUCAAAGAACCUGACUUUGAUUUUUGUCAAAUUCUCUAGACUGUGACAUCAUAUCACCUAUUAAUUUUUCUAUCCUUGUUCGCCAUCUUCAGUGUUUAACAAUGAAUUGUUUGAUCUACUGGCUACUCUACUGCUCUAUACUCUGUAAAGUUAUGAAUUAACUGCUGAAACAUUCUCAAUUCCCAGUAUAAUUCUUAGAUUUGAGGGUGAGCUAUAGAGAGUGUAAUUUUUUAUUGUGAAUUUUAAAUAUUAAUAAGAAAGAUAAUAGGUCGAUUACAGAGCCUUGGGGAAUUCCUCUUCCGGUAAUCAUAUAUUUGCUUUCAUAUCCCCCGAUGAGUCCUCAUAACACUAUUCUCAAGAUCAUUCUCAAAUAUGCGUCCUACUUUUCCUCUGAGCCAUAAUUUUUUAAGUGAGAUAUUUGAAGAGUAUUUCUCAUUUCAAAACAAAUUAUUGAAGUUUCAGUGACGUAAAUCAACUAAAACUACACAUAACAAUAUUGUAUGAGUGAAAUUUGUUAUAUGGAGGGUUGAAUUGGUUUAAACCUCGACCUUUUCCUAAUUUUCCCCCCUUUUUGCAUCAAUCUCAUUCAAUAAUAGAUUCAACAGUGGGUCAUGUAAUUUCAAUUACUAUUUCGCUAAAUUCAUAACCUUAAAAUUACAGGCAUUGUAAUUUUAACACCUACUCUACAGAUACAGAUACAGGCAUUAAAAAAAUAUAAGUUUCUUGGGUUUUGCUGUCCAACCUGUUUCUAUUGUCUUGUGCUGCCCCCCUAAUGAUAGUUCUAAAUUUGAACAAGAGAUGUCAGCACCUGAGUAUAAACACGAAUGUGAAAUUUAUGCCUGCUGUUCUCAACUUCAAAUGAAGUAAACAAGAAGUUCCCGAAACAAAAUCUGAUAACUACAUUCAUCAUAAUUGAUGGAAGCAGGUUGACCAAAGUAACUCACGGAAAGUUCAUACUUUCUUAUCCAACGAUUUGUGAAUUAUGAGCCCAGAUUAGAUAAUCCAAAGAAAACUUUUUCUUCGUCAAAACAAAACACUGUCUUUCGUCGCGCAUUGCAGUGAUUUGUUCAGUCACGUCAGAGAUUCCAAUUGUACCUAUCAAAUAGAGAAGUUGAAAUAAAAUUCUCAAUGAAAAACCAGGUAGGCAGUCUUGGAAAAACUCUUGCAUUAAAGCUCAGCGUAAUAAUCACAUGACUGAAAGCGGAUGACAUAUGACAAAUGAAGGUUAUGGAAUACUGUUAGUGACAGUUGAAGUGUUGCUUAAUAACAGUCGAAGGUGCCAGUUGCAAAGAUCAUUUGUUUACAGAUUUACACUCUAGCUGAGAUAUCAAAGUAUGUUGGAAAUUAUAUUCUGCUUCGUAUUUGUCUCAGUUUGGUUUGUUGGUAUGUUGUUGAAUGACAAGACUUUUGGAGCCCCUUGUAUUGAUAUAGUUCACAAACUCUUUUGCAGAAUAAUAAUACUGACUUAUUAAAAACUGAAGAUGGUUGAAAACGACUGAUAAAUCAGAAUAAUCGGAAUAGAAAAAAAAAUUUCAACUUUGUAAUAUAUCCGAACUACUGGAAAUCUUCUCCGAUGUUUGAAGUCCCCUAAUUUGCUGUAUGAAAAAAUUUAGUAGAUUUUACAGACCUGCUAUGAAGUUGCCCGCGGUAACAAAAGAUAUAUACAGUUCUGAACAAAAAACUGCACUUCUAAGACACUUAGUUUUAGUCUUUAACAAAAAUAUUAUAGCCACAAUUAUUUUUUUAUUGUGUUUCCACUGCCCUUGUGUCGAAUGGAACUGCUCGAGUGGCCAAAAUAAUUCAGCACGAUAGGGAAGCAUAGAAGGAUAGAAGGACCACCAACUCCUUUAAAAUGUCUAUAUCCAUUUUGUGUAGGAAUUCACUGAUGUAUGAACCAACGAAACACCUUGACGUAAUUGCAGAAUACACUAGAUAUCAGAUUUAGCUUCAGUCUGAUCUUAGGUUAGGUUUAACCUAACAUUUUAGGUAUAACCUAAAAUUAAGGGCAAUUUAAUCAAAGAUUAUAGGUUAUGAGAUGAAAGCUUGAGAAAAUUCAGAAUUUAAAGUUGGAUUUGAGUUCACACAUUGGGGUGGUCCUUGUACUCUUUCAGGAACAUCAAUUUCUCCACAAAUUCGAGGGUGCCGGUAUUGAUUAAAAUUAUUAUUGCCAAUCCGGGCUAGCUUUCUGUGGAGCUGACAUAUUUUUAGGAGGUAUGUAUAUAAUAAUCUAACUUGUGUGCAAAAUGAACUCUCCCUCUGGAAGCCAUCUAUUUUUUCUAUCUUUGAUUUUUAUAGGUUGUGAUUUUUUAUAUUUAUAUUCGUAUUCCCUAUUCCAGUAUUAAAUACAAUAUAAUGGGAAGAUGAUCUUUUCAGUGAGUUACAGCUAUGUAUUUGUGUAUAUUUUUUAUGUAUAUGAUGUUAUUGUUUUUUUUCCUCUUGUUACUCCGAGUGUUUCGAGCUAUUGAUAUAUUUAUUAGGAAUUGGUGAUGUAUGUAUUUAAAUCGUUAGGACCAAAUAGAUUUCCACAUUUCAUAUUUAUUGUAUAAAGAGUUUCAGAGUUGCAAAUGUUUCAUUAUAAUGAGGUUAACAUAUUGGUACAAUAAAUUUAUAAAACUGAAA